AAUUUUCUAAGUUGUUCAAUCCACCAUCACAAAAAUGGCUUCACCACCACCUUCUUCUCCAGCACUACUAUCCGUGAACCGUCACAAGCCGGAGCUGAUCUCCCCGUCGGGAGUGACUCCGCGCGAGCUCAAGCUCCUAUCAGACAUGGAUGACCAGGAGGGUCUUCGCUUUCAAGUUCCCUUCCUUCUCUUCUACCCAAACAGGCCCCCGAUGAGAGGCCGAGAAGACCCGGCGAGAGUCGUCAAGGAAGCGCUCGGGAAGGCGCUCACGUACUACUACCCGUUGGCCGGGCGGAUCCGGGAAGGGCCGAACCGUAAGCUCGCGGUGGACUGCACCGGCGAGGGGAUCCUGUUCGUCGAGGCUGACGCCGACGUCAGCCUCGAGGAGCUCGGCGACUCCAUGAGGCCGCCAUGUGCCUUCGUGGAUGAGGUGUUGUGCGACGUUGCCGGGUCAGGCGGCACCGUUGGGUGCCCUCUGUUGUUGGCUCAGGUGACCCGUUUGAAAUGCGGGGGCUUCAUCCUCGGACUCCGACUUAAUCACACGAUUAGCGAUUCCCUCGGACUCAAACAAUUCCUAGAGGCGGCCGCGGAACUCGCACGAGGCUUGCCUGCACCGUCUCGGCGGCCCGUCUGGCGGAGAGAAAUCCUCUACGCCCGAGACCCGCCGCGAGCGACAUGCAGGCAUGACGAGUUCGAGGACAUAGUCGACGCCGGAAGUGCGGCCACGAUGUUGUUGGACCCCAAGAACAUGGUGCACAGAUCGUUCUUUUUCGGCCCGCACGAAAUGGCAUCUAUCAAGAAACGCCUCCCUCACGAACUAAUCUCGAAAUCCUCCACCUACGAGUUGCUCACGGCAUGCCUAUGGAAGUGCCGCACGAUCGCCCUCCAGAUCGAGCCGGACGAUGUCGUCCGCCUAUCGUGCACUAUCAAUGCGCGAGGCAAGCGAGGCCUCAGCGUGCCCAGUGGCUACUACGGGAACACGUCGGUGUAUGCGACGGUGCUUUCAAAGGCGGACCAGCUGUGCAGCAGCCCGCUAGGGUACGCGGUGGACCUGGUGAAGAAAGCGAAAGGAAUGGUGAGCGAAGAAUACGUGAGGUCCUCCAUCGACACGUUGGUAACCAAGGGACGGCCGAAGUACACGACCGUCUGGAACUACGUGGUCGCCGACUCGACCAAGGUCGGGUUCGAAGAGGUCGAUUUCGGGUGGGGGAAGCCGGCGUACGGCGGCGUGGCCGGUGCAUUUCCUUUGAUCAGCUUUUACGUGAAGUACAAAACAAGAGAGGGAGAGGAGGGGAUCGUGGUGCCAAUAAUGUUGCCGGAGAGAGCAAUGCAAAGGUUUCAAGAAGAGCUGGCAAAGAUGACCGAUGAAGAGAGGGCGGGGCAUGAUCACUGUUGUGUGGAUUCAACUGCAAUUAGAUCGAACCUCUAGAAGCAUAAUUAACCAUAGAAUGUCUAAAGUCUCUCAAUCACAUACGACAAUGCUUGAAUUAUCGAAUGAAGUAGUAUCGUUCUUUGGAA